UUUCCACCUGGAUCUUUCAUGCUUUCAAUUUUUAUUUACUUAACUGGAAAGCAAAACACAAUGACAGUGAUACCUACAUUUUGAUAUAGCUUAUAUCCAAGGUACUAUUUGUUAAUUAAUAAUACUAAUUAAACUCUUCUAAUAAUACACAUUUGUUUGUACCUUAUAAAUUGUGCUCAUAAUUCCUUCCUCUUCCAUUAAGGGUAUCUGGGAAGCACUCUCUACCUGAAAAUUUUCUUCAUGGCUGAGUUUACAGAAUAUUUGCAGAGGCUAAGAACUUCUCAGCCUUUCAUAGAGAUGGAUAUGAACAUACACAUGCUGAAGCAGCUUCCAGAGCUAAAUCCAAGUAUCUUAGAGAAUUUCAGUGUCAAUGACUUCUUAGUAGACUCUUUCUUGGCCCACCACCAACAACCACCUGAAUUUUCUGCAAGCUACGAUCACAAUGGUCUUUCAAGUACUUUCCAUCAUCCUGACAUCUUGAAUUCGGCAACAAUUGUUCAUGCUGUCGCUUCCACCUCGAGUCAAAAUCUUUUCCCUGACAGCUGCAAGAAGAGAAAAGCAGAGGCACAAUCAACCAGCAGUUCCAAGAACAUUUCUCCUACAGCCUCUACUACCAAUACAAAGAAAAAGAAUAAGUUAGGCAGAGGUAAAAAAGGAAAGAACAAAGAGAAAGAAGUGGAUGAAGCGGAAGAAGUUAUUCAUGUUAGAGCAAAAAGAGGCCAAGCUACUGAUAGUCAUAGUAUAGCAGAAAGGGUAAGAAGAGAGAAAAUCAAUAACAAGUUGAGAUGUUUGCAGGACCUUGUUCCUGGAUGCCACAAGUCAAUGGGAAUCGCAGUAAUGCUAGACGAGAUAAUCAAUUAUGUCCAUUCAUUGCAGAAUCAGGUUGAGUUCCUUUCCAUGGAGCUUGCAGCAGCAAGUUGUUCUUAUGACCUCAACUUGGAAACAGAAACUUCCAAAAAGGCUCAGGGAACAAAUUCACCUGGGGCACAGGAGAGGCAGAAAUGGUGGAGAGAAGGAUAUGGAGAGCCCGGUUACUUCCAAUCUACAUGGUCCAUUUGACUGGAUUUUUGGCCAUUACUCUUUUGUUUCUGGCUACAAAAGCAUAUGAUGAACAUGCUUCCUAUCCCUUUUUCCUGCAAAUAAACUGUGUCUCUAUAUGUGUAGCAGACAUGCUAAUGAUAUUUUCAUUACUUCACAAAAGGUCCAGAGACAAAUACAAAAAUAAAAAAAGAAAAAAAAAAUCUGUUUAUUUGUCCAAUUUUAAGAGUUUAAUUUUCCUUUCCUUUCUUUUCCUAUUUGAUUGAGGUAAUUUGUGGCUUCUAGUGUUCCUAUACAUGUACUGAUGUUGACCUGUCGGCAAGAGCACUGAACCACAGCUGGUCUUGGAUAGAUCUUGACUUCUCUUGUAUUGCCUUUUUUACAUUUUCAUUUCCA